GCAAUGGAACAGUUUUUCCUUAGCUCUCCCGUAGGUUAGAUGGCUUGUUUUAGUGUGGUUUUAGGUGUUCGUUCUGAGGAAAUGAAAAGUUUGAUGUUUUAGCCAAUUUUAUAUCUCGAUUUUGUACGGUCGCCUUUCUUGACGGUCCUAUUGUAGGUUAUUGUUAAUCAAUUGGAAAAUCGUUGGGGAAGCUUUCUAGAUUAAUGGCACUGCGAGGACAGUGGAAAAUUAAUGCGUCAAGUGGAUGAGAAAAAGCGUGAAACAAGUGGCGAAGUAUGGUGACAAGCUAUGAAGAAUUAGUUCAAUGUUGUGAGCCUUGAGAGGAUUACAUAAAUUUUGUUUGCCCUACCAGUGGGGGGUCGGGAAGGAACGCAAGGCUUCGAGGGGAAUAGUGUGAAGGUAGUUAUACCACAGUAAUACCCGAGAGAGUGCAAUGUAUCGAAGUGUUUCAGCAAAUUGAUAGCUUGGUACAACAGGAACAUAAUAGUGCACAGGAUAAGCGGCGAGAAUUAUUUUCUAUUUUUAUACCUCUGCGGAUGAUUCUUGAUCCUGCGGUGGCCAACGUGCUGAGAGUGAAAUUCAUCAAUCGGAGUGCUUUCCAGUAACAACAGCAAUGGAUAUUGCAGCGUUUGCAUCGACUAUGGCCACCAAGGCAAGGGACCGAGCGAGUCAACCGAAUGACCUGACCAGUGGGGAAACGUCUGGUUCGCUUAAUGGAGCCACUAUGGCCGAUGCCCGAGCGACCAAGCUCAAAUCGUUCAUGGGUAAAACACCAAGCGCAAUCAAGUCGAAGUUUUUAUCAGUUCUGGGUAAUAGCACCGAAAUCAUCAAUGGAAUAUCGAAUAAGAUCGACGCGGCGCUAAGUUUAUCGUCCUCAGAGGACACUGAAACGACGGAGCACCGAAAUCAGGCAAAGGUAGACAAUAUGCUGCGGAAAAAGUAUGAAGCGGCACAGUGGAAGCACCCAGAUGAUCACACCGAGAGUCAUCAAAUAGAUUUUGAACUUCGUCGAGCCAAGGAGAGAAGAGCCCACGAAGAAGUGCUCUCGGGCCGCUAUAGAAAUCCAGCAUUUAGCCAUCCAACACCUAAUGGUAGUAUACAACCGGCGCCACCCAUGGAACGGCCCCCAUCAAACAGUUUUAGCACUGAGUUUAGCCAUAGUAAUUAUAGUAACAAUUCAUGUUCGAUCGAUUCGAAAUCACCUCAACCCCCUCCAGAUGGAGAUAGCGACGUGGCAUUGGAAGUGGCCUCAAAAUCCGUACCAGCAGUGGAAGCAGUUCCGUCCUGUAAGGACUUCGUUAGAGAACCAAAAAUUGGUAUUCCCAGCAGUGCCUCCACCAGUGACAAUGAGUCCUGUGUGCUUAGUGCGACCCUGGAAUCUUCCGAGUUGAAGAUGUGGAUUCGGUCGGAGUCGGAAAAUUCGGUACCAUCUUGGGCAUCGUCGAUCAGUUUAGACAGCCAGUCAGAGGAAGCCAUACUCGAUUUUAUGAAACGGUUUGUGAAAAUCCUCUUCCGAGAAAGCUCAUCCAUAACGUUGGAGCUCAAGUCGGACUUUGGACAAUAUGCGAGGACAGAAACUGGUCGACUAUGGUUCUCCCGUUUGGUGAACGCACAAAGAGCAAAGUCCAAGCGAGUGGAUGAAUCAACAUUCUACUCGCUGAUUCAAUACUUUGCAAUCAUUCUAUUUGAGUGUGCUGAAAGCGAAGAUUUUUCACCGGCAAAAACUCUGAUGAACAUGUGCUUUACAUUUUACCAUGAUAUUGAUGUUCCUGGUUGUGAACCGUACCGCGAGUAUUUGUACACGUACCUUCGGGAUCAGCCUAUUUGGCAUUCGUUACGCUUCUGGAAUGCAGCCUUUUUCGAUGCUCUACGGACGGAGCGUCAGCACCAUCCGGUUCCGCCUACGAAGGUAACCUCCAUGACGAGUACGGUAUCGCAACAGCAGAAUAAAAGCGAUGAGGCGACCAGCAGUAAUACCCUCGUGGUGCCUGAAAACGAGCGAUCCUCGUCUACCAGUGCCUGUGAUCGAACGGAUCCUUUUGAGUUACAUGAGGACAAAAAGUACCAUCAAAAUCUUAGCUUUGGACAACUAGGGAGUUUCACGUGUAAUAUGCACGCUUUUGGGUUAAGCCGAGAACUUUGUUAUGAAUUUCUGAUGAAACAGUGUGUUAUUGCAAACCUCAAUAAUGAGCAACAAAAAUUACUCAAGGACAACGUUGACCGGAUGUAUCGUGAAACCGACCCAUGGCGUGAAAACUAGAGAACUAGCUCUACAAAAACACCAAGGAACAAGUGGCUGUUAUCAAGUGUUUCAGAGUAGAUAUCUGAUUUUUUGGCUUUAAUUCACUACAAUUCACUUAUGAUUUUCCUCCUAAUCUUAAACAGUUGUAUAUUCUUCAUAUAAAAAUGUUGAUUAAUUUUAAAAAUUGCUACAAACUUAACCGUUUAACCCAGUGGUUACCAAAUCUCGAACAGCAAAAAGAUGAAGCUUUAUUAAUUGAUAGAGAGCAAGAGGACAGAGUUUGUGAUAUAUUUGUGAUUUUAGCCGAGGAGCACCUGUUGAUACUGUUAAGUUGUUUGUAUUUUUAUAGAGUGGAGAAAGAGACUUUAAAUCGAUGAAUAACACAUAGCUGGUUUACUACAAGAACAACAAUUUAGGCCACAACCCGUUGAAGAACGUAACUACUAGAAGAUAUAGAUUGAUAAGUAUUUUCUAUACAUUCCUGUCUCGAAGAAAUGGAAAUAAGCAAAUAAAAUAUCUUAUCUUAAAACAUUCUCAACCCCUUAGGAUGGGUAGUAUUGUGGGUGAAAUGGAAAAGCAUUGUUAAACAAGAUGUGACAAUAAAGCAUGCAAUUAAGGUUGUAAUGCUUGGCGGUAGUAAAAAGAUUCAGUAAGCUUGCAGCGAGACACGGAGUGUCAUUUAUUAUUCAAACCGCUUUUAGUAGUUUUAUUAAAGAUAAGAUAAUGCAAUGACGACAAGCAAUAGUUCUAAGUGAAAUGUGAUUGGAUUGCAUGAUAAGGGUCUAAAAUACUGAUGAUUGACGUUUCCAACUCUGCAAAUUGUGUUACAUGUGAUGAGUAGUACUGUGGAAGGAGAAAAAAUAAAUUUGAAUUUGACCAACCAUUA